UAGUCCGGUUUGGGAAGACACAAUCACAAUGUUGAUUUGGUGUACAGACCUAGGGAAUAAGCAAGAAGAAAGUGUUUAAACCAAGGAGAAGAUCAAUGUUUAGAAAGUAGAGAAAGAAAUCUAGGAUUCACGUUCUCCCUGCUGUUGGGUGUCCUUGCAUAUUUGAGGGGCUUUCACAUGCACUGGGUGCCUAUACCCUUCUCUCACCUAAUUGUGAGUUCCAAUUGAGUGGGUCCACAUAUCUUGUUAUCUUCUCAUGGCAACCAUACAGUAAUCUCUCUGUUGUACUAUUUCUUUCUUUGGAAAACUAUAACAUCAACGAUCGGACAGGUUGGUCGCUCUUAGUUUUGUGAAAUCUACGUGAUGGAGCAAAUUGCAGGUCAUGCUUUAAAAUGUCAUAAUUCGGAUCUGCUGCACGUUGGAGAUACAAAGAAGGCGAGUGCAAGCACUCUUCCUCUGUUUUUCAGAUGGUUGAAUGGGCACGAUGGGUCAUCACCUGGCAUUGUGAGACAAUGAGCAAAGACCAUUUAUCUAUUGGAUAUUCCCACUCCUUCAAGCCUCCAUGCAAGUUCCCUUGUCAUUCUGACGAUUGUUCUUACUCUUACAAGCCUCACAAUGACCACAGCGGACCUAUCUUUGUUAUCGUGAUUGAGAAUGAUAAGAUGUCUGUUCAAGAAUACCAAGCGGAUUCUACAAUGAUGGACUUAAUAGAAAGAGCAGGGCGAGGAAGCGCCAGGUGGAUGCCCUAUGGUUUCCUUCUGAAGGAAGAACUGAGGCCAAGGCUGAACCGCCAGCCCAUUGGUGACCCAACCUGCAAACUGAGGAUGGGGGAUGUAGUGGAACUUAUGCCAGCCCUACCCGACAAGUCUUUGACAGAAUACCGGGAAGAAAUCCAGCGCAUGUAUAACCAUGGCCCGACAGUGUCGAGCACAGGUCCUGCUGCUAGUACUGUGGUCGGGUGGAGAAACCAACACUCAGCCUGUUGCGCCAACCAUAUUGACAUUCCUUGGAUUGACUUCAUCCAGUAUGUUUUCUUGGGAGAGUCGAGUGGCAAGAGAGCCCACGUUCAGUUAUCUUCAGCACCUUCAUCCCAGAAACCAUGCGAUCCUCCGACUCAAGAUGAAGCUCUUCAGCUGGAUGCAGAACAAGCUGAGCAUGAGAUAGGAGUAAUAUACUCGUAA